CAAGGAACACAUAUGGAGUUGUUUCUCCGUUAGCGUGACCCACACCGCGCUACUCGGAAAUAUUUGUGGAACACUGGGCAAUGCAGUAAAGGAGGUGCACUAUUUAUUAUUCGCUUUAAUUCAAAAUUAAUACUCUUUUAAUUUGCAUCAAGGGGCCUUCAAUCGCAUUGUUUACUCCGAUCUGUACAUUGCAUUCACUGUGAUGAAGUGAAACUGAUUUAACCAGCAGGAAGUAAAGCCAGAGGCGGUUGCGUUGAAGAUACUGCUUCGGUUACAAUGCGACCGUACUUGGUCUUCCGGAUGAAAUGUAACUCUUAUUUUGAAGGAGCUUUCUACGUCUGUGAUUUAAUCUGGAAUGGACAUGCUGGUCGUUCUACUGCCCACACUAAGUAGCACAUCUCUCCAGAGCUUUCAGACUUCACGCUGUUUACAUAUAAAAGAGCAAUCCAAGCGCCUCUCCAGCAAAUUGCAGGCUUCACGAAGUUUUAUAAAUGACUCGUUUAUUUCUAACGUCUGACUACUCGUGAAAUAGCUAUCAUUGUCAACUCGCCUGGCUCUCGGAGUGUCUACGUGCUGAAGCUACAUAACAUCUGUGGGAAUGUCAGAAUCUAGAAUCACAUACCACUAAAACAAACUGUAAUUGCAAAGGACACUGCUUUUUCACAUAUCUACAGAUAAGCUUCUGAAAUGCCGGAGCAAAGUAAUGAUUACAGGGUGGUUGUAUUUGGAGCAGCAGGAGUUGGGAAAAGCUCUUUAGUCCUCCGCUUUGUUAGAGGGACUUUCAGAGAAACAUAUAUUCCAACAGUUGAAGAUACAUAUAGGCAGGUAAUCAGCUGUGAUAAAAAUAUCUGUACACUACAAAUCACAGACACUACAGGAAGCCAUCAGUUUCCUGCAAUGCAGAGGUUGUCCAUUUCCAAAGGGCAUGCAUUCAUUCUGGUGUACUCUGUGACCAGCAGACAAUCCGUGGAAGAACUGCAACCCAUCUAUGAGCAGAUCUGUCAAAUCAAAGGAAACAUUCAAAAUAUCCCCAUCAUGUUAGUCGGGAACAAGAUAGAUGAGACUCAGAGAGAAGUGGAGGCCACUGAAGGAGAAGCUCUGGCCACCAAGUGGAUGUGUUCGUUUAUGGAGACCUCGGCCAAACUCAACCACAAUGUGCAGGAACUUUUCCAAGAGUUGCUUAAUUUGGAAAAGAGGAGAGCAGUGAGCCUCCAAGUGGAUGGAAAGAAAUCCAAACAACAGAAAAAAAGAGACAAACUGAAAGGAAAAUGUUCCCUGAUGUGAAACAUCCUCUAAUUAUAGUUACUGCAUGGUGCAACCAGGCAUGGAUUUCAUAGACUCCUGUGCAACGUAGUCUACAUUUGCACAGAAUGUCUUAUUUCCAGAUAACCACAAAUCAGUCAAAAACAUCUUAAAUCAGCUGUACCAUCAAUGAAUCAAAAUUAAAUGUCAGAUUUCUCCAAUGGAUGGAUUGCAUCAUGAGCUUUGGUUGUUGUUUGGACAAAAAAUAUGCUUCUUGCAUUUUCAUAUUUAAAUCAUAAUUUCCGAUGUGCAUGUUUAAUACAACAAAAAUAUAUUAAAAUGUAUCUGCAUGAAUGACUGGAGAACUUCUGUUUUAUUUUAAAAUAGAACUCUUACAAUUAAGUAAGCCAAUAUUAAUUG